AUGGAUUCCUCUGCGCCGAUGCGUGACUUGCUGGCCUCGUCGUCGACUACAUCCGGCAUCGUGAUGGCUCUCACGAAAGAACAGCUGGACAGCAUUGAAUUUAUCUGCGUUUCGCGCUACGGGAUUUUAAUCACAUAUUCUGUGCUCAUCUACGAAUGGGUAGCCUGCUUCCAGGACGAGGUUAAGCUCAUCUACCGUAGGCGGUGGUCGUAUGUGUCCAUGGCCUACACGCUGUGCCGUUACUAUCCCCUGCUGAUGUGGGGCGUCGUGGCUUGGUCGUAUACCUUCAACCACACUCCCGGGAUUUGCAAGUCUGCGGUCAGACCAGUACAUGCACUACAGCUUCCCCUGCAAUUGUUCGGCCAAGCUGUGAUGGUUAUGCGGGCCUACGUCUUCUCAGAGAGGAGCAACCUUGUUUUGGCCAUACUGUUGUCUGGCUAUGGUGUCUUGGUUGGCGCAGUGGCAUAUCUGUUCCUUACGGAUGUUCCCCUUCCCGUCCACAAUCCCUCAAGUCCUGUAUUUCUCUUGGGAAAGUCUGGCUGCUUUCCUGACUACAGCGAGAAGGCAUUUGGACUCCGGAUUGGCCUUGCGUUGGUUUCUGCAAUGCUUGUCGACUCGCUGAAUUUGCUCGUCGUGUCCUUUUACUCCUGGAAGAGAUCACGAUACGGACGUUCGAAGCUCACAUGUUUCUUCUCCAAGCAAGGGUUGAAUGCAUUCGUUUGGAUGACUGUCAGCAAUGUUAUUACGCUUGCGCUCUAUUUUUCUCAAGACAAUGGAAUCGGUGUCCCGUUCGUCCUCGUCAUUUCGAAUAUCUUCGCCUGCAGAAUAAUUCUCCAACUUCGUUCCGGGUCAUGGCAAACCGGCACUCAGCUAUCAAGGGACAACUCCCAAAUGAUUCGGGAUGCCCUGGCCAAGCUUCCGCCGCCGCAAGACGAAUGGGCCGUCAGUGUUGACCUUUCUGCUGAAGACGAAGACGAUGCUCCUUUAAGAAGGUCUGGAGAGGUAUGA